AUGCAAGCAGUAGGCCGCACUCGAGGAGCCCGCAUCUACUCUGGCGAUUUCCUCGAUUCCGACUUCGCCCUCGCCCGGAAAAAGAACGAUGCGGCCGCGGCCAGACUACCCGCCGUCCGUGACACGGGCAUGUACGUCAGCUACGCGGCCUUCAAUCUUCGAGACCAGCUCCGCAAGAACGACGUCUCGACUCCUCUCCAGUUCCACUACUCCGCGGCCGACUACGGUCUAGAAUACACUCUCGAUAACGCAAACAACAUGACUGCCCUCUGGCAGGACGUCGCCCGAGUGAGCUUCGAGAACGUCAGCAUGUGCGUCGAAGGCUCAACACGCUACACCUCCCGCGACGACACGGUCCCAAAAGCACCGCCAAAAGCCACAAACUUCUCGCCGUCUGCGCCGAAGACGGACACGAAGUACACCAUCGACUGCGAACCGGACACACGUAAUGGGCUCCCGGCCGCGCAGGGCAUCAUCACCAGACAGAACUUGGUUCAAUAA